AUGCGUACAGAAGUUUCACCUCCCAUUCCCAAUCACUUCAUAUUACCGGCCACUUUGUCCAAAACCAUUACCUUCCGACAAAUUCCCUUGCAAUCACAAAAAUGGUAUCUUCACGACAUGCCCAUAUGGGUUUCCUUAGUAAGAAGCGGUGAGACAUCAUCAUCAUUGGCUUAUGAUGAUGAAGAAGAAAAGACUCCACCACUAAAAAAGAAGAAGAGGUGA